CAGCGUGGAGGGGACAGCUUGCGGGCGAUUGCUCUUUAACCUUAUAUUAUGAGCGCGAUGAAUCAUUGGGAAAUGCAGCUUGAUAAGUCGUGCUCGAAGGGAGGCGCAGUGCGUCGUUGUCUCUGCGUGCAGCGCGUUGCUUCGUCAUUGCCGACAAAUUUCGCUGAAGGACCACCGGGCCAACCACGUGGUUGCCACUGCUCUGUUACAUAGGAUGUACAGCAACGGCACUACCCAUUCGUUAAAUGAAGUUGUGAUAGCCUCCUUUGCUAGGACUCCAAUUGGUUCAUUCCGAAGUGCUUUUGUCUCUGUGCCGGCAACAAAACUCGGUUCCAUUGCGAUCAAAGGGGCAGUUGAGAGAGCAGGAAUCAAAAGCGAAGAUGUUCAGGAAGUCUUCAUGGGCAAUGUGGUAUCAGCCGGCGCUGGACAGGCACCAGCGAGGCAAGCGGCUUUAGGAGCAGGUCUCUCACAGUCCACACCAUGCACCACAGUUAACAAAGUCUGUGCAUCUGGUAUGAAGGCAAUAAUGCUGGCUGCCCAGAGCCUCAUGUGUGGAUCACAGGAGAUAAUUGUCGCCGGCGGCAUGGAGAGCAUGUCCAACGUUCCUUACUACUUGCACAGAGGGGAAACGCCGUACGGAGGUGUGCACCUUCAGGAUGGCAUAGUGUUCGAUGGCCUGACGGACGCAUAUGACAAAAUUCACAUGGGAGCGUGUGCUGAGCAAACAGCGAAAAAAUAUGAGGUGUCGCGGCAAGAGCAGGACAAGUUUGCCAUAGAAAGCUACAAGAAGAGCGCAGAUGCUGCAAAGGAAGGUAUAUUUGCCAAGGAAAUAGUGCCAGUGACAAUCCAGGGCAAGCGCGGCAAGCCAGAUGUUGUCGUAGCCGAAGACGAAGAAUACAAGCGAGCCAACUUUGAGAAGUUUGGCACCGUGCCAACCGUCUUCCUCAAGGAUGGUGGCACUAUCACUGCCGCAAAUGCGAGCACGCUGAACGAUGGUGCUGCAGCUUGUGUCUUGAUGACUCGCCAGGCAGCUGAUCGUCUUGGUGUGAAGCCCCUUGCACGAAUCGUUGGCUUUGGGGACGCAGCUGUGGAGCCUGUGCACUUUUCUAUUGCACCUGCAUAUGCAAUGCCAAAGGUUUUGAAGGAAGCUGGCAUGAAAAUGGAAGAUGUUUCCAUGUUUGAAGUCAAUGAAGCCUUCAGUUCUGUUGUACUGUGCAACAUGAAGCACCUCAAGUUGGACCAAUCCAAGGUGAACAUUCAUGGUGGAGCAGUCAGCCUGGGACAUCCAAUCGGGAUGUCUGGUGCUCGGAUAACUGGGCGCAUGGCGCUGCAUCUGCAGCCUGGGCAGUACGGGCUGGCUGGCAUCUGCAAUGGUGGUGGAGGUGCUUCUGCCAUACUCAUUCAGAAGCUGCAUACCAGAGAGAGUGAAGACAGCCUUCCUGUUCUCACGCUGUACACUAAGCACCCAUGUCCCCUGUGUGAUGUCGCAAAGGACCAGCUCAAGGAGCUACUGCCCAGAGUCCGUGUAGUCGAAGUUGACAUAGAAAAACCAGGAAAUGAGGCUUGGCACCAAUGCUACCGUCAUGACAUCCCAGUCUUCCACCUUGAGGGGCAGUUCCUCAUGAAGCACAAGGCGGACCCAGGGCUCUUGGAGGAACGCCUCGCUGCUCUUGCUUCAGCUAGCUAAGCUUCGAAUGGGCCCUUGAGAUUUGUAAAUAAAGGUCAUCCCAAUCCGA